AUGGUUCCGGCCCCGAGAAAGGCACUCAAGCUCCGACGUGCCUUCCGUCUUCCCGGGCGCGUCGGGACACGGUCCACCUCACGCGGCGCCUCCUUCCUGCCUUUGCCAGGAGAACAACCCGCGAUGCUCCUCAGGGUCCAGGUAAUGGGAUGCAGGGAUUUGGCGGGAAAGAACGGGAGUGCGAGCGUGGAUCCUUAUGUCACGAUCUCCGUCCUUGGCAAGCGACAUCAGACGCCCGUUGCAAAGAGGAAUGGGAGCCCUUUGUAUGUGCCCAAGGACGCUACUUUCGACUUUCCCAUAUAUUUCUCCCUCGCCGAUCGUCUCGGCGUCAUCGAGAUGGUGGUGUGGGACAGGAAGGACGUCCUCAGGAAAGAAUACUUGGGAGAAGUCGCGCUUUCCCUGGAAGAGCUCUUUGGCGAAGGGGCUGGCGCGGAUGGGGCUGAAAUCAGUUGGGCCAGCGACCAGAACAAAGUUCGUGCCUCGGUGUAUACACCGAACAAUGCUUGA